CGGGUGAAUAACAAAAAAAUUUCAUAAUUUUUAUUUAAACAAUAGAUUUUCGUCGGUAUUAAAAGUUUGAAUAUCAAUAAAAUUAAAGUUAAAAGUGAUGAUAACUCGAAAAGCUUGAAGAAUGCCGUUUAUAUGAUCAAUGAGUUGCAAAAACGACUGUAAAUUUGUUAAGCAAAAAAAAACUAUGAAACAAUGGCGGAAAAGUAAUGCAAAUAAUGCUAAAUUUAUAAGACUUUAAGUGAGAAUCUUUCUAUAAAAAGUGCUUAAGUGCAACAUGGAGCACGAAAAAAAUUUAAAAGAGGAUUUAACUAAGCUAGUUAAUGGAAAUAGUAUUGAAUGUUCUAAGAAACUCACAACCUCACAAACAGGAACAACAACAAUAAAUUCAACCAAGACAUCACAGAAUUUAUCAUCCACAGAGGCAUCGACUGUUAAUGUUAAGCCUGAAAAUAUUGAAAAUUUGAGAAAUUACCGAGAUAAACAUGAUUCUUCAAAGAGCCACAAAAAGAAGAAAAGUAAAGAUAGAGACCGCGAAAAGGAGCGUGAUAAAGAGUAUCGUGAUAAAACAACAAAAACACCUAGUAAAGAUGAGAAAUCCAGCAAGGAAGUGAGAACAAGUAAAUAUGAAAAAAAUGGCAAGGAUGAUAUGUCCAGAACUAAGGAAAAAUCAAGCAAAGAGGACAAAUCCAGCAAUACAGAGAUUACAUCCCGUAAUAAGGAUGAAAAGUCCAGCAAAGAAGAGAAACCAAGAAAUGACGUGAGGAAAGAAAUGAAUGGAAAUUCAGUUAAAGAAGCACCAGAAAUGAUAAAUAGUAAAUCAAUUCAGAGUAAUAAAAAUUCCACUGGUGUUUCAAAAGAACCAUCUCAAAAUAAUUUAAGUACAAAGAAAGAUGUAAUUAAUAAUAAAGAACGCUCAAAUUUGCAUUUCUCGCUAUCGUCACGCAAGGGAAAGGACUCAAGUGUGAAAAAGCAAGAAACAUUCAUCAAGAUUGAUUACUUGAAACCAUCAAAAUCGGAGAAAAAUCGUGAAGAUGUUUCAAGGAUCUUAGAUUUCUCGAAUAACAAACAAGUUAACGGAACAAGUAACAAUUUGGAAUUAACGAAACAAGAAGCAAAUUUAACUAAAAUUAUUAAUAAAACUGAAUCAACGACACCAAUAAAAGUGGAAAAAGAUGUGGUUGAUGAACAGUCAUCGAAAAUAUUGAUGGAAUUACAAGAAAGGAAACCAACAUUUGAGACUCCAAUAAAAACUGAGAAAGUAGAAAUCAAAAAGGAACCUGGAAGUUCAACAAAACAUUCUUCGUGCAGCAAAUCAUCAUCAAAUCAUCACAAUAGUAAUAAUUCACAUCAUAAGAGUAGAUCUUCAUCAUCUCACAGUAAAGACCAUAAAGACAAAGAAAAAUCAUCUACUUCACAUAAAAGCAGCAGUAGAAGUAGCCGAGAAUGUUCAAAAUGUUAUAAACGUUCAAAGAUCAAAAGAAGUAAUGUCGGAGUACAAGUAAGACCACCACAAGAAAAUUCACCAAAGCCACCGACAAGGAAACUUGAAUUUGAAGCAUCUCAUCGUGUAGGAAUUAAUAGGAAUCCAGUUACUAUCGAUACAAAUUUAUCGUAUUUAAAAUAUGGACGAUUUUAUCACGUUGAAGUUCAUCCAAAUGGCGAAGCAUCUCUUGUACAUAUGUAUCAGGAUGAAUUAAAUAUAUUAAGUAUAGAAGAUCUCAAUGAAUUGGUUGAUGAAUUCUUUAAGCUUGUCUUCAGUGAAGAUGAAAAUGGAUUUGCUUAUCAUGUUAUUGGAAUUAUUCAUGAUGCUGCUCGCUAUCUACCCGACUUGAUCGAACAUAUGGCUGAAAAUUAUUCAAAUUUGACAGUAAAGGCAGGUGUAAUUGGCAAGAAUAAUGACAUUGAGACCUGUACGAUGCUUCAAUAUUAUGAGCAAGUAGUAAAAAAUUAUUCAGAAGGAACUUUCAGAUACGGCCCAUUGCAUCAGAUAAGUUUAGUAGGAAAAGUUCAUGAGGAAGUUGGAGGCUAUUUCCCAGAUUUACUUGGCAAACUCGAACUAGAUCCUUUCUUAAAAAAAUCAAUGCCUUGGGGUAAAUUAUCAACCGUGCAAAUGGAUCCGAGAUUAUCAAACGAUGGACCGAUUUUAUGGAUUCGUCCAGGUGAGCAAUUGAUUCCAACUGCUGAUUUGAAGACUCCACAGAAACGGCAACGAACUCGGAUCAAUGAAUUGAGAAACUUGCAAUAUCUACCUAGAGCAUCUGAGGCUCGAGAAGUCAUGUUUGAAGACCGCACUAAGGCACAUGCGGAUCAUGUUGGAGUGGGCUAUGAACGACAAACGACUGCUGCAGUCGGCGUAUUAAAGUCUGUUCAUUGUGGUCAGCCGUAUAAAUACAAUCGUGUAGCUAAAGAUGUUGUUUGUUUUGCUGCUCAAUCCUUCCCUAUUCUCGUUGAAAAAUUGCAACUGGAUUUGCAUGAACCACCGAUCUCACAGUGUGUACAGUGGAUAGAGGAAGCUAAAUUGAAUCAAUUAAAGCGUGAGGGUGUCAAAUAUGCUCGAUUUCCGCUUUUCGAUAAUGACAUUUACUUCCUACCAAGAAACAUCAUUCAUCAAUUCCGAACGAUUUCUGCUGUAACAAGUAUAGCAUGGCAUGUGCGUUUACAGGACUACUAUCCCGACCAAGAGGAAGCAGAUGAAAUGGCUAGCAAUUAUGAUAUAGAAACACCGCAAUAUAAAGAAAAGCAGACAUUAUUACCGCAGCCAUUAUCAGAACAGACGCCCACAAAGCGAUGUAAUGAUAGUAAGGCAAAAGCGAAAUCAGCAAAAAAAAAUAAAAUUAAGCGAGAAAAGUCGCCUGGCUAUGAAAACGGCGUUGACGCUGAAUCGAGUGAAGAAUUAAAAUCAUUAUUAAAUGAUAGUGAUGAUGGCUGUACACCAAAAAAAAGUAAAUUGGAUGAUGAGAGUUCAGCCGAAAAUAAAAAGAAAAAGAAGAUGGAUGCAGCAUUUGAAUUGACAUAUAAUUUAAAUCGUGACAAUGAGAUUAAAUAUACUCCUGCAGCAUUAAAUCCAAUUCUACCCACUCCAAAUGAAACUGUAAAAUUAACUUUUAAAACAUCUAAGAGCGCCUCAAGUGAAAUUCCAAAAUUAAUGGACGAUAUUCCUAUUGUAGCUGAAGAGGUCGAGAUAAUAGAAUCUGUUCAAAGUACAAAUUCCUCAGAUCAAUCGCCAGAUUUUCAUAUUUCGAUUCAAUCUGCUCCACAUUAUGCUGAGGCUGAAAUUGUAACAGAAUCAAUUGUUCCUUUUUGCAGUCAAACUGCACCGUGAACACUAAAAUACAAACAUUUUAAUUAAUUUAAGGAGAAAAAUUUACGUUCGAAUUAAAAUCGAUUGAUUUUGAGCUACAAAUAGGAAUUAUUAUGUCUGAAUGAAUGCAUGUUCAACACCGCAUGCUCUUUGAUCUCAAAAUCUAUUAUAUUUUGGCUAUAAAAAAAGAACAACCAAGUUUUAUCCUUUACGUGAUGUAUAGGAGGAAAUGACUUUUUGAGAUGAUACAAUAUAUACAUUAAAUUUUAAGAAGAUAGUUUUCUUAAGCUGGAAAUGUAGAUUUAAAGAAAUCAAUCAACUAACAAUGUUACAGCAAUGAAAGUAAUCAAUAAUUAUGCCCAGUUGUUCAAUAAAGUAGCUCUUCAUAAUAUUUUUAUCGUUUAUGAUCAAAUGAAAAUUAAAUUAAAACAUUUUUGGUAUUUUGAGUAUGUACUUAAUUGAGUUUCCACCCGUAAAAAGAUGAUUGAUACAAUUUAUCCAUAGCAUCAUCCACCAAGAAAGAUAUGCUCAAAGUUUAAGUUUGCAUUAGGCAAAAUAUUGAGCAGAGAGCAAAGCUUAAACGCCUAGCAAUAGAUUGUUCAACUUACUUCACAAUGAACCUUUAACAUGUCAAAUUUUUCAAAUCACAAUACCUGGGUAGUUGUUAGCGAAUACAAUAAAAAGGAUGAAAAGUUUCUAAUAAAAAUUCACUUUCUUUACACUCUU